AUGUCGCAGACCUCCCAUCCAACCCUCAUCAACCUCCCUCCAGGCCCCUCCAACCCAGACACCCCUGAGAUUCCCGGAACCCCAACCUCCACGACCACCUCCCUCUCGGCCCUCUCCACAACAGCCAUCAAAGACGGCCACAAGGGCACCGUCCACCACCACCCUCACCCUCUAAAUCCCCGCGGCCUACCCCCCCAAUAUGACCCAUCCAACUCCUCCCUCGAAGCCGAACGCGCCGACCGCAUCUCCCGCCUCACCGGUCUGGCCCCCGCCGCUUUUUCUCGACAACAACAAUUCCGAUCCGGCCAACAACAACCUAUCCAACCCUAUACCCAAACCCAACAAUUCCAACCCCCAACAGGUAUAGCCUACUUUGAUGCUCAAGGUCAACCCCAAAUGCAAAACAAGAUGAGCACUGUUGGGUCUGCCUCGGCAACAGAAGUGUCCCCUUCUCUGGGGGGUGGGUCAGUCAGCGGGAGGAGCAGGACUACGACGAUGAGGGGGAGGGAGGAUGGGGAUGAGGAUAUGUUGACUGAGAUGGAUAGUGCUAGUGUUGCGGGGGGGAGCGGGUAUGUGGAUGAGGAUAUGAUGAUUGAUGAGAUGGAUGAUGAUGGGUUGAGUAGGAGGAGCGCGGGGACUUACGAUGAGGAGGAUGAUGGGAGGGAGAGUUUGGUGGGCUUUGGGGAGGGGGCGGGGAGUACGGGGGAUGCCGAGUGGUGGAGGGCAAGGGGGGAUAGGGGGCUUGGAGAGGAGUAA